AAGUCAUUAUACUGUGAGCACAGCUUAGAACAUAUAGAAUUUUGUCUGUUAUGCUGUGUCUGUGAUUUAAAAUAUCUAAAUUCCUUGAAAUAACCUCUAUUCUAAAAAUUGGAUGGCAGACCUUGAGAAGAAACAGUACAUCAAAGAUCCUAGAAUUCCGUGCAAGUAUGGUGUCAAAUGCUAUCAGAAAAACAUGGUUCAUCUUAGUAAAUACAAACAUCCGCCAAAAACGAAUAAAGAAACACCUGUCACACAGCCAAAAAAAAGAAUUAAGCUGGACAGAGAACCUACAGAGGAAGUGAAUGAAACUGGAAUUAAGGGAGAUAUAAAUACAUUAUUGGAAAAAAAUAAAGAGAUUCGACCAAACAUACUGAUUAAAAAUACUGGUAUUGAUACCAGUAUUGAUUCCCCAAACACAAGUUCAAAUAUUGACAGGAUAUCAACUAGAACUCCUAAAAAUAUCAAUGUUAGAGAUUUUAUUAAGCAGAAAUUUUUAGUAGAAAUGCCUGAUGACUUUUACCAGUUCUGGGAUUUUUGCAAAGGAAUAAAUGAACUGCAUCCAGAGGAGGUGUUAAAAACCUUAUCAUUAAUAUUUGUUGGUCCAUAUGACGUUCUUGCUGGAAAAUUUAAUGAUGUUAAUGAAAAAUUGAAUGAAGAUUAUUUAAUUCAUUGGAGAUAUUAUUUUGAUCCUCCAGAAUUUCAGACUGUUUUGAAAUCUGAUAUUAAAACUGGAUACCAUAUUGGAUAUUUCAGAGAUUCUCCUGAGGAACUGCCCAUAUUUUUGGCUAGUAACUGUGCAAACGAAGAUGGCACUUUUACUGUAAUGGGAGAUAAUAUUUUCGCUGCCGUCAAUUUCCAUUUGGAAAAUAUUCUCAAAACAAGUGAUCCUUUCAAGAAGCUUAAACUAACAAAAUUUCAAAGUAUGUUAAAACAAGCAGCUGAAAAAUUGAACUUGUCUCUUUCCAAAAAUACAGAAAAGAUUAAACGAAGGAACAACAAGAUUGUCACCAGAAGCUUUAAUAAACUGGGCAUCGUUGUACCCUAUAAUAGAAAGACUCAGUUGGGUUAUAGGGAGCUUUCAUUGGGCAACAUGGAACUCCAUAAACUCUUAAAUAACAUUCAAAAUGCAUUGCCCGAACAAAAAAACAAGUACUUGUCCGAUUUGCAAGGAGUAAUAACAAAUGCUAACAUAGCUACUGACGAGUGUGAUUUUGGAACAGGCAUUCAUCUAGCUUUAAGUAUUUUGGCUCAUGGGGUAGACUGUUUGGAUCGGUCUAUCAUGUUGCUGCUUGCAACUAAUUACAGAUUGCUGAAGAGAGAGGUUUUUGCUAAAAUUGCUGAGGCACAUAUGAGUAACCGGAAAAAAGGAACUGAUUUAAGUAUUCUUUAAUGACACUUUUC